CGGGACCCCCGGGACCCCCGGGGAGCCCCCCAGGACCCCCGGGACCCCCGGGACCCCCGGGACCCCCGCCAAGAGCGCGGCGCAGCUGAAGAAGGAGGCGAAGAAACGGGAGAAGCUGGAGAAAUUCCAGCAGAAACAGGAGAAGAACCGGGAGCUGCAGGCUCAGGCCAAGGACAAGGCCAAGCCCAGCCGGGCCCGGCGGGAGCUGCAGGGGCUGCGCUACGAGACCCCCACCCCCCCCGGCUGCAAGAAGGAUGUGGGGGGGCCGCUCCCCGAGAGCUACAGCCCCGCCUACGUGGAGGCGGCGUGGUACAGCUGGUGGGAGAAGGAGGGGUUCUUCCGGCCGGAGUGUGGGCGCUCCCUGGAGACCCCCAACCCCCGGGGGGUGUUCGUGAUGUGCCUCCCCCCCCCCAACGUCACCGGGACGCUGCACCUGGGCCACGCCCUGACCGUGGCCAUCCAGGACACGCUGACCCGCUGGCACAGGAUGAGGGGCCUGACCGCUCUCUGGGUCCCGGGCUGUGACCACGCCGGAAUCGCCACCCAGGUGGUCGUGGAGCGGCGCCUGCUGCGCUCCCGAGGGGUCACUCGGCACCAGCUCGGCCGCGACGCCUUCCUGGGGGAGGUGUGGCGCUGGAAGGAGGAGAAGGGCGACCGCAUUUACCAGCAGCUGCGGCGCCUGGGAGCCUCCAUGGACUGGGAGCGCGCCUGUUUCACCAUGGACCCCAAAAUGAGCCGGGCAGUGACCGAGGCUUUCGUCCGGCUGCACGAGCAGGGCCUGAUCUACCGCAGCCGCCGCAUCGUGCACUGGAGCUGCGCCCUGCGCUCGGCCAUUUCUGACAUCGAGGUGGAGAAGCGGGAGCUGGGGGGCCGCACCCUGCUGCGGGUGCCGGGCUACGAGGAGCCCGUGGAGUUCGGGGUCCUGGUGGCCUUCGCCUACCCCCUGGAGGGGGCCGGGGAGGGGGAGGACUCUGAGCUCGUGGUGGCCACGACGCGUCUGGAGACGAUGCUGGGGGACGAGGCCGUGGCCGUGCACCCCGAGGACCCCCGGUACCAGCACCUGCGGGCUCGCCACGUCCUGCACCCGUUCACGGGGCGGCGCCUGCCGGUUCUGCACGACGCCUUCGUGGACCCCCAGUUCGGCACCGGUGCCGUUAAGAUCACGCCUGCCCACGACGCCACCGACUUCGAGGUGGGGCAGCGGCACGGGCUGGGCGUGGCCACCGUCAUCGCCGAGGACGGCACCAUGGUCAACGUCCCCGCCCCCUUCCAGGGGAUGCCGCGGUUCAGGGCGCGGUCGCUGCUGCUGGAGACCCUCAAGGAGCGGGGGCUGUUCCGGGGGGUGAGCGAGAACCCCAUGGUGGUGCCCGUCUGCAGCCGCUCCAAGGACGUGCUGGAGCCGCGGGCGGUGCCGCAGUGGUUCGUGCGCUGCCAGGGCCUGGCCGGGGCCGCGGCGGCCGCCGUGCGCAGGGGGGACCUGAGGCUGCACCCGCCCGGCCACGCCCGCACCUGGUUCAGCUGGAUGGAGAACAUCAGGGACUGGUGCAUCUCCCGGCAGCUCUGGUGGGGCCAUCGCAUCCCCGCCUACUUCGUCACCAUCAACGACCCCAAAGUGGCCCCUGGCCAGGACGAGGACGGGCGGUUCUGGGUCAGCGGCCGCUCCGAGGACGAGGCUCGGGCCAAAGCGGCCGCAGCCUUUGGGGUCUCCCCCGAACUGGUCAGCCUGAGGCAAGACGAGGACGUUCUGGACACUUGGUUCUCCUCCGGCCUCUUCCCCUUUUCUGUCUUUGGCUGGCCUGAGCAGACCCCCGACCUGGAGCGGUUCUACCCGGGCUCGCUGCUGGAGACCGGCCACGACAUCCUCUUCUUCUGGGUGGCGAGGAUGGUGAUGCUGGGGCUGGCACUGACCGGGCGCCUGCCCUUCCGUGAGGUUUACCUCCACGCCAUCGUCCGCGACGCCCACGGGCGCAAGAUGAGCAAAUCCCUGGGGAACGUCAUCGACCCCCUGGACGUCAUCGCGGGGGUGACGCUGCAGGAGCUGCAGCAGCAGCUGGAGAGCAGCAACCUGGACCCUGCGGAGCUGGAGCGGGCCCGGGAGGGGCAGAGACGCGACUUCCCCGAGGGGAUCCCGGAGUGCGGGACGGACGCGCUGCGCUUCGCCCUCUGCGCCUACACGGCCCAGGGCCGGGACAUCAACCUGGACGUGGGGCGGGUUUUGGGGUACCGGUACUUCUGUAACAAGGUCUGGAACGGGGCGCGCUUCGUGCUGCGGGCGCUGGGAGAGGGCUACCGGCCCCCCCCCGGGACACAGGUGUCCCGGGGGUCCCUGGCCCAGCGCUGGGUCCGGAGCCGCCUGAGCCGCGCCGUUGGGACCUGCGGGGCCGCCCUGGGGGGCUUCGACUUCCCGGGGGCCACCACGGCCGUGCACGGCUUCUGGGUCUAUGAACUGUGUGACAUCUACCUGGAGUGUGUGAAGCCGGUCCUGUCCCGAGGGACCCCGGCCCAGCCCGGGGGGGUCCCGGGGGGUCCCGCGGAGGGGGAGGGGCAGGACGGGGACGGCGAGGAUGAUGAAGGUGACCCCGCUGCGGCGCGGCUGACGCUGCUGACGUGUCUGGACGCGGGGCUGCGGCUCCUGGCCCCCUUCAUGCCCUUCCUGGCCGAGGAGCUCUGGCAGCGGCUGCCCCCCCGGGACCCCCCCGCGCCCCCCAGCAUCUGCCUCGCCCCCUUCCCCGAGCCCAGCAGGUGCUGCUGGCAGGACGAGGAGGCCGAGGCCACCAUGAGGGAAUUCCUGCUGGGAAUCGUCCGAGCCCUGCGGAGCCUGCGGGCAGCGCACGGCCUGACCCGCCAGAGACCCCCCUGUUUCCUGCAGUGUCCCGACCCCUCCUGGGGGUCCCGGGCCGGCCGGAGCCGGGGGCUGCUGCGGGCGCUGGGGGGGGUGGGCUCGGUGCGGCUGCUGGGGGGGGGCGAGGGGCCCCCCCAGGGCUGCGCCGUGGCCGUGGCCUCGGACCGGUGCACCGUGCACCUGCUGCUCAAGGGCAUCGUGGACCCCCCCAAGGAGCUGCAGCGGCUCGGGGGGCGGCGGGAGGAGCUGCAGAAGGGGCUGGAGCGGCUGCGGGAGCGCCGGGGGGGCCCCGGGUACCCCCACAAGGUGCCCCCCCACGUGCAGGAGGCCGACGCCGCCAAGCUGGCCCAGCUGGAGUCGGAGCUGCGGAACGUUCUGGAAGCCGAGGAGCUGAUGAGGAAAAUGCUGUGACCCCCCCGGGACCCCCCCCCGGGACCCCCCCCCGGGACCCCCCCCCAAAUAAAGCGAUCCUGGACCCGCC